GCGGCGGCAGCAGCUCCCCCACGACCCCCAGGCGCGUGGGGACGGGUCGGCGAGACGCUCGGGCGCUCUCUGCGGCAGCUCGUGUCGGCUUAGCUCGCUCAACAAAGCGGGAGGCGGCGGCGGCGUUAAUUACAAGGAGCAAGACUAAGUUUGGCAGCAGCAGCAGCAGCGACAGGAGCGACAAGGCGAGGCCACUAAUGGAAACCGUGAACAUGGAGCCUGACCUGGACAAUGUCAUCAAGCGCUCGAUCUCAACGCGCACUUCCCAGCGCUUCCUGCAAGGCUCCAUCUUGACCUUUCACAACAUCAACUACUCGGUGAAGCAAAAAAGCGGCCUGCCCUGCCGCCGCAAGGUCACCGUCAAGGAGAUCCUCAAGAAUGUAAAUGGGAUCAUGAAGCCUGGUAUGAAUGCCAUUCUUGGGCCAACAGGUGGUGGAAAGUCCUCGCUUCUAGAUGUCUUGGCUGCCAGGAAGGACCCCAAUGGACUGGAGGGCAUUGUUCUUGUGGAUGGGGCUCCACAGCCGCCUAACUUCAAAUGCGUCUCUGGAUAUGUCGUGCAGGAUGACGUGGUGAUGGGUACACUGACCGUUCGGGAGAACUUUCAGUUCUCCGCUGCUCUACGACUGCCGCAGUCAAUCAGCCAGCAAGAGAAGAAGGAGCGAGUGAACCAGAUCAUCCAAGAGUUGGGCCUCACCAAGUGUGCCGACUCCAAGGUGGGCACUGAGCUGAUCCGCGGCGUGUCCGGUGGUGAAAGGAAGCGCACGAACAUUGGCAUGGAGCUCAUCAACGACCCGUCAGUGCUGUUCCUGGAUGAACCGACCACUGGGCUUGACGCCAGCACAGCCAACGCCGUUCUCCUGCUGCUCAAGCGAAUGUCACGGAAGGGUCGGACCAUCAUCUUCUCCAUCCAUCAGCCACGCUACUCCAUCUUCAAGCUUUUUGACAGUCUGACACUGCUGGCCAGUGGCAGCCUGGUGUACCACGGCCCUGCCAAGACCGCUCUCAGCUACUUCCAGAAUCUUGGCUACGAGUGCGAGCCGUACAAUAAUCCCGCGGACUUCUUCUUGGACAUCAUAAACGGAGACUCGACCGCCGUUGCAGCCAUGAGAAAUGAAAAGUGCGACGAUAGCGGCGAGGAAGAAAUCGAUCUCUCUCCAAAUGACGAGGAAGAGGUCAAGCAGGGGGAGCACAGGACUAUUGCAGAGCAGCUGCAGGAGUCGUACCACAACUCUGACGUUUUCAAGGCCAGCGAUGAGGAGUUGCGCAAGAUCCUCGCGUCCGUGGGCUCCAAGGCUUCGACCAGCAUUAAAACACAGAGAAUCACCUACGCCACCUCCUUUUUCUACCAGCUCUACUGGGUCACCAAGCGCUCUGUGACCAACCUUUCGAGGAACCCACAAGUCUCCAUUGCACAGCUGGUGGUCACUUUGGUUUUGGGCCUGAUUGUUGGAGCCAUAUUCUUUGGUGCUAAACUAGAUCCAAGUGGCAUCCAGAACAGGGUUGGAUCUCUCUUUUUUAUCACCACGAACCAGUGCUUCUCCAGCGUAUCGGCAAUUGAGCUCUUCAUUCGGGAGAAAAAGAUAUUCACACAUGAGUACAUCAGUGGCUACUACCGAGUGUCUGCCUACUUUCUGGCCAAAGUCAUGUCUGACCUCAUACCUAUGCGGACAUUGCCUGCAGCCGUCUUUUCCAUCGUGACCUACUGGAUGAUCGGUUUUCAGGCAACUGCUGGGCAAUUCUUCAUCUUCAUGCUUACGGUGGUGCUCGUGGCUUACACCGCCACCUCCAUGGCCCUGGCCAUCAGUGCUGGGCAGAGCGUAGUGGCCGUAGCAAACCUCCUCAUCACCAUCUGCUUUGUCUUCAUGAUUAUUUUCUCAGGUCUGCUGGUGAACUUGCCAAGCGUCAUGGGCUGGCUCAACUGGCUAAAGUACUUCAGCAUCCCUAGAUAUGGACUCACUGGACUGCAAGUGAACGAGUUUCGGGGCCUGAUGUUUUGUGGUAGCAACUACACCUCCGCGUCCUUCACUUGUAACUCCACAUCUGCGAACACUGGAGCCAUCUGUACCGGUGAGGAUUACCUUUGCCGGCAGGGAAUUGGCACAAAUGACUGGGCCCUGUGGGAGAACCUUGUGGCGCUGGGCUGCAUGACCAUCAUCUUUCUCGCCAUCACCUACUUGAAGCUGCGCUUCAUGAAGAAACUGACAUAAGCUCUCCUUGGCAGAAAAAACAGCAACUCUGACAUACCUUUUUAUGUCCAGCCGUCAUGGGUCUUGGUAUUUUGAAUCGGCUGUUGUUAUUCCUCGGCUACAGAUAUAUACCCUAUGUCUUACAAAAAAUAGCCAUUGUGUUUUCAAAGCAGUGUUAAAAUGCAUUUUUGUUGUAAUAUAGUUCCAUAUUAUAUUGUGAUAUUGUAUAUGGCUCAUUUAUAAGAAACAUCUAUGUCAUUAAGACAAUCAGAUGAGGUGGCGAACCUUUGGUCUCUGUUUGGUCUCGAUUAUAUUAACACCGCAGCAUUUAUCUUGAUUUCAUCACAACUCGGACGCAACAAACUUGGACUUUUUAGUUCCCCUAUUGACGAAACAGAGUAGCCUACCAGCUUAUCCAUCUUUUGUUAUUUGUAUUUAUUUAAAAUAAUUUGUGUGGCAACCUUUUUAUGUCUUGAAUCUCUGGCUCCUUGACACCAAAGUAUGAACUUGCCAUGUUGUCUUGAACCACUGGUAGAGCCAGUGGGCGGUGGGGUGGCACGUGCCCCCCCAAUGAUCCGAUCGAAAUCUCUAAUUUCGAUCAGAUCAUUGGGGUUUAUUAGUAAAAAAUCGGAAUUUUGCGACCCCCACUGCCACUGUGUAGCAUAUUAUUAUGUGCCAGGGACUCUAUGAGAUGAUAGGACAAUAGUCUGAGUCCAUAAUUGGCAAUAAGUAACGGCAAAGCAGUUAUAAGUGACUCAGAAUUGUGCGCAGUUGCGUAUACAGUACACGACUUCCCUGAAGGCAUUCACCUUCAGCGAGCGCCAUGCCGAUCACACAACGCGGUUCGAAUUCGACCCUCGAUCGAUGGCUGCGCCAUCACGCACACGCGUCAAAUAAAAAGCAAGGGACAAGUCCUUACUAACAACUCCUAUCAUUUUUCAUUGCUGGAGGGGUCGCCCCCCCCUACUCGAUUGAGAUGGAAGUUGCCAAAUGCAGUACUGAUGAAUGUGUUUAUCUGUACCCUAUUUUUCCAGGUGAUUUGAACAAAUCGAUAAAAACCAGUAGUGCCACAAUGGGGAACUAACUUAAUGUGAAAUGCGCUAUUAUUAUUUAUAUCAACCUUUUUAUAUGUGAAAUUGGGUUGAGCAUUGUCGCAGCGGUUUGCGCCGUGCUCAGUAUCUGGCGAGAGGCAUUCGAUUUCUGGCCACAGCAGAUGUCCGUAGGGAAUUACGGUAUAUCUCGCACGGUCCUGGGUGCCCUACCACCAACCUGAACUGACCAGCGUGGUUAAGUGUGGUCACAAUUCUCAUGACCAACGAGACCUUGAGAGGCAUUAUUCCAGUAGUGCCUUGACAAAAGGUCUGAAUUUAUUUUACAGAAUUUAUACUCGUAUGUAAAAUACCAAGAUUCAUGUUUGUUAUUGUCCUUGAAUUGUGACAUUGUAAGAAAAUGUCCACUCGUUCAAGAAGUGUAUCAUGCCCCUUUUAUGUAGAAUUUAGAACAUAAAUGCACGGUAAUUGUGUAAAUAGAAUAUAACUUGCAAAUACAAAAUAUUCUUUGGUUUCAUCGAAUGUUAAUAAUCUUUUGCAGGUUCAUGGUUUAGCGUCACUGCAAAUAUUUUGUCAUAUCCUUAGAUGUAAGUGUUAACAUAACACUAAUAUCAUGUGGACUUUGAAUUAAAGCAUACUGCAUUGUUGAAAUUAGAACUGCUGACACUGAUAUAGAAAUGUCAGAUUACAGCUAUUUGUCAACAAUUUUGUUAAGUUUGUAAUUGGAAUUGCCUUACACCCGCACAGCCCAUUUGACAAAGCAGUAUGCAUCACAGGAGGUUAAAUAAUAAUGACUGCCUGAUUUUAGAUUUUUCUAUCAACCUGUGUUCGUGCCUUUUUCAAUAAUUGGUUGUAAAAUAGGUUGAAAAAAAUUACUUUGGAAAUUAUGAAGAAAAGUAUUGUUGUAGCCCAUUAUUUUUUUCAUUUGGUAAUUAUGUAAAACAUAUAAAAGUUAUUGCAACCCAACAUGAAACAUGUUCAAUACUGAUGAAAUAUAAUUGUGUGGGUGUAUUUCUAUUAAGGGAUGGUGAGCACACUGGACUUGCAAUCCAGAAGUCACCGGUUCGACCUCCUGGCAUGACAGUUUGAAACAAUUGGCAAGUUUCUUAAGUCAUUCCGCCUCUGUCCACCCAGUGGUAUAAAAUGGGAACGCCAUAGCUAAUGGAUCGGCUUUUCGUUUGUGGUAGGGAAAAGUGCAGGCAAGAUAUAUGGCCAGUGUGGAUGAGUAGGCCAAAUAUCCUCUCGUGGAGGUCCUGCUGCCAAUCGUGUCGUGAGCAAUCAUUUGAAGGGAUGAUGCACCUUUACCUUGCAUUUUAUUAAGUAAACGUAGCGUAGUUGGGCAUUAAAAACUAACUGGUGGGGUCAAUGUGUAUUUCACAUGAACGUUUAAUUGCACACUUCAGGGUCUAAUGGAUAUUGUGGAAUGUACAAGCCAUUGCCUCUACAUUAUAAAAAGAAAAUGUUUGUUGCUAUUGUAGCUAAUCCAAAUGAGGCUCGAAAUGGAGACUUUGUAGGAUUUAGAGCCAUGUGGGCCAAGAGCAGUGAUAAUUUCACUGCAUGAGAAGUGCCCUCACUGGCAAGACUGCAUGCGGUAUUGCAAGGCAGUCAUGAGCAAGGCACUGAUGGUAACGGUCUUUAGCAAUAGGGGCCAGCGCUCCAUGCGUUAUUGUGAGCUUUAUAUUUCUCCCGUUGCACACCGAUCUCGUACAGUAGCAAUUGUCUGCUGUUGAUGCACUGGGUGGUGUUUGCCGUUAACUUUGUUCGUGCACAUUUUCAGUUUUCCGCAUGCUGUGAUCGCAGAAGCUGUUUGGUUGUUUUAUGCGUAACCUUGUGGUCUGAGCCAAGUGUACUUUUUUUUCCUUACGAGGCCUAAAUGUAUAUUGUUUAGGUCCUUGCUGGUGUUUCCUGUGAGUUAUGCCAGCGUUCUCAAGGGAUCACAUUUAAUUUAAGCGCCAUAUCACUAAAAUACAUGGCAGGGUUAGACGGAAAUGUUAUUUUGAAAGAUUUUUCUUAAUUCACGGGUUAAUGAAAAUUGUUUUGAUACAUUUGUAUACUGAGUUUCGAAGUUACAUUGUCUCCCUAACUUGAAGGGAUAUCACAGCCCUUGUGAUACCAAUAAUGGAGUGGUGGUAAUUUGAUAUCACAAGUUGAGGUUGCUCUUUUGAAAAUUAGCACUGGGUUGUGAUUUAAGCCAUACUGCGCAUCAAAAUGCCUGAUAAGUAUUCAAAGUAUUCAUUCAAUAAACAUUUAACCAAU